AUGGGGUCCGGGCGAGUGCUUUUGCUGGUGGCAGUUACCUGUUGUGUGAUUUUGGCAGUGCAGGCAAGGCCAAACGGCAAGGACGAAGAAUGGAAGCAUGGCGGUGGCAAGGACCACCACAAGGAAGAACAUUCGUCCCACGGCGAGAAGGGAGAGAAGGGUUACAAACACGAUGAGGAGCACGAGGAAGGCAAAAAGGGACACCACGAUAAGGAAGGGCACAAGAAGGAAUACCACGACGAAGGAGGUCACAAAAAGAAACACAACGAUGAAGGUGGAUACCAUAAGGAAAGCAAGAAGGGAGAGAAGGGAGAAAAGGGACACAAGUUCGAGGAGAGUGGUAGCUUCAAGAAAGGACACUCGACCAAGGGACAUCACGAAAUCCAUAAAUUAGACGAAUUCAAGAAGGAGAAGAAGUUCUUUGAUGAGGAUCACGAUGAAGGAUUCGAUGAGAAGUAUGGCGACUUCCAUGAGGAGCAUGGAUACAAGAAGGGUGGCCACGAGAAGAAGGGUCACAAGAAGGCUGGUCAUCACCAUGAUCAUUAUGGCAAGAAGGGGCACAAGAAGAAGGGAUCGCAUCAUCACGACCAUGUGGGCCACAAGAACGAGCACGGCCAUGAUGAGCACUGGAACCACAAGGAAGAUUUCGGAAAGAAGGGUGGCAAGGACCAUCACAAGAAAUGGGGCCACAAGAAAGGACAUCAUUAA